AUGGAUCCUGUCCGACCACCCUUCAGGGACUCUUCUCAUGUGCACCCAUCUCAUGGUGGAUGGAUGCCAGGCUCUUGGCCACAAGCUCCUAAACGUUUGGACUCAGCUCUUGGCAGGGCAGGACCUGCAGGCAGAGGCCAUGUACUUAGAAAGCCAGGAAACCCAAGCCCACAGAGUGGGCCAGCACAAAGGGAAUCUGGGGGUUUGGUCUCCAUGUUCCGGGGGCUUGGCCUUGGAACAGUGUCUCAGCCCCCUCCGAAACAAGAAGUGUCUCCUUUAGGUAGAGGCAUUUUAGGUCGAGGCUUGACCACCAGUAUGGUGCCCAAAGACAAAGAAGAACCCCAUCCCGUUUUUCUGGAUCCUUCAGUGUUGGCAGUUGGGGAUAGCAAGAUGGCCGAGGCCUCCGUUGGUUGGAAUAGAAUUCGUGGAAGAGGGAAUUCAGAUGUGUUGUUAUUACCGCUGGGAAGAGCCGCCUGUGGUAUAGGCAGAGGAGUGUGCAGGGCUCCGGACACACUCAGCCUGGCCUCUCAGAAUCCUGCUCAGCUAUCUUCACCUCCACCUCCGCCCCUGUCCUCACUGCAUUCUCUAGAGCACAAAAGAAAAGAGUGUUUUGUGAAGCAAGGAUCAAAAGGAACACCUCAAUGUUUGGGACUGAACUUUAUCAAAAUACAGUGUCAUAAUGAAGCAGUUUAUCAAUAUCAUGUGACUUUCAGUCCCAGCGUGGAGUGCAAAAGCAUGAGGUUUGGCAUGUUAAAGGACCAUCAAGCUGUCACCGGAAAUGUCACUGCUUUUGAUGGAGCCAUUCUUUAUCUGCCUAUUAAACUUCAACAAGUUCUUGAGUUAAAAAGUCAAAGGAAAACUGAUGGCGUGGAGAUCCACAUUAAGAUUCAGUUGACAAAGAUCCUAGAGCCGUGUUCUGAUUUGUGCCUUCCCUUCUACAAUGUUGUUUUCCGUCGGGCAAUGAAACUCUUAGAUAUGAAGCUUGUGGGGAGAAACUUCUAUGACCCUACAAGUGCUAUGGUCCUGCAACAACACAGAUUGCAGAUCUGGCCGGGCUAUGCAGCUAGCAUCCGGAGGACAGAUGGUGGUCUUUUCCUGCUAGUGGAUGUCUCCCAUAAGGUCAUUCGGAAUGAUUCCGUGCUGGACAUCAUGCGUGCCAUGUAUCAGCAGGACAAAGAAAACUUCCGGGAUGAAUGCACUAAGCUUCUGGUUGGCAAUAUUAUCAUAACCCGCUACAACAAUCGUACCUAUCGUAUAGACGAUGUGGAUUGGAGUAAGACUCCAAAAGACAGCUUCACAAUGUCUGAUGGGAAGGAGAUUACAUUCUUGGAGUACUACAGCAAAAACUAUGGGAUCACUGUUAAGGAAGAAGACCAGCCACUGCUGAUCCACAGGCCCAGUGAGAGACAGAAUAGCCAAGGGAUGCUGCUGAAAGGUGAAAUCCUAUUGCUUCCUGAGCUUUCCUUCAUGACUGGAAUCCCUGAGAAGAUGAAGAAGGACUUCAGAGCCAUGAAGGAUUUGACCCAGCAGAUCAACGUGAGCCCCAAACAGCACCAUUAUGCUUUGGAAUGCUUGCUACAAAAAAUCUCAAAGAAUGAGACCGCUAGCAAUGAACUGACACGCUGGGGACUCUCUCUGCAGAAGGAUGUACAUAAGACUGAAGGACGUAUUCUGCCAAUGGAAAGAAUAAACUUAAGAAAUUCUUCAUUUAUCACGCCUCAGGACCUAAACUGGGCUAAGGAAGUAACCAGAGACCUUUCCAUCUUGACUGUUCCCAUGCAUUUCUGGGCACUGUUUUACCCAAAGAGAGCAAUGCAUCAGGCCCAAGAACUGGUUAACAUGCUAGAGAAGAUAGCUGGCCCCAUUGGGAUGCACAUGAGCCCACCAGCCUGGGUUGAACUAAAGGAUGAUCGGAUAGAGACCUAUGUCAGAACUAUUCAGUCCACGCUGAGAGUGGAGGGGAAGAUACAGCUGGUUGUUUGCAUCAUCAUGGGCCCACGUGAUGAUCUCUAUGGAGCCAUUAAAAAGCUGUGCUGUGUGCAGACUCCCGUGCCCUCGCAGGUCAUCAGUACCCGAACCAUUGGUCAGCCCACCAGACUUCGGAGUGUGGCCCAGAAAAUUUUACUUCAGAUUAACUGUAAAUUGGGUGGUGAGCUCUGGGGAGUGGAUAUUCCUCUGAAACAGUUGAUGGUGAUAGGGAUAGACGUUUACCAUGACCCCAGGAGAGGCAUGCGCUCCGUGGUUGGAUUUGUUGCAAGCAUCAGCUUGACCCUCACAAAAUGGUAUUCCCGAGUGGUAUUCCAGAUGCCUCAGCAGGAGAUUGUGGACAGCCUGAAGCUGUGCCUGGUGGGCUCAUUAAAAAAGUUUUAUGAGGUGAACCACUGUCUCCCAGAGAAGAUUGUGGUAUAUCGAGAUGGAGUGUCUGAUGGCCAACUAAAGACAGUUGCCAACUAUGAGAUCCCUCAGCUACAGAAGUGUUUUGAAGUUUUUGAGAAUUAUCAGCCCAAGAUGGUGGUAUUUGUUGUUCAGAAGAAAAUCAACGCCAAUCUGUACCUGGCUGCUACUGAGCACUUUGUGACUCCCUCCCCUGGAACUGUGGUAGAUCAUACAAUAACAAGCUGUGAGUGGGUGGACUUCUACCUUCUUGCCCAUCAUGUAUGGCAGGGUUGUGGCAUUCCUACCCAUUACGUGUGUGUUCUCAACACUGCAAACCUGAGCCCUGAUCAUAUGCAGAGGUUGACUUUCAAACUGUGCCACAUGUACUGGAAUUGGCCUGGUACCAUCAGAGUUCCAGCUCCUUGCAAGUAUGCCCACAAGCUAGCUUUCCUGUCCGGACAGAUACUGCAUCACGAACCGGCCAUCCAGCUGUGCGAGAACCUGUUCUUCCUGUGACUGGACAGCCAGGAUAUUGCUGCUUAGAGGAAUUCGACUCCCGAACUCUACUGUGACUUGCGCAGGAUGAGACCCAAGGGGGUUUUGUGUUGGUGUUUCCCUUUCACCAACCCAGUAGGAUAAGAUAGCCUUUUCUUUUUUUUUUUUUUUCACUUUUAAACCUGGUAUCACCGAGACAUUUUUCCAUUCUAAGCCUCAGCUAGCUGUUGCCUUUGUAGAGCAAUGGCAACACUGCUGCUCUGCUGAUGGAGAGCGUGAAUACCAGGAAACUUAAGAGCUGCUAAAGUCAGUGUGAGCUGUAGAAACCUGCAGGGGCAGCAAUUACACCCUUAAGCCUUGCUUACUAAGUAAACAUUUCCCACUUUUGGCUCCAGAGGUGAUAAUGAAUAAAGUCAUUGCAAGUU